GUACAGGCCACAUAUAUUAUUUAUAGCUAUAUUAUUAUUUACCAAAUUCGAAAUUGACACGCAUAUCUAUUGUUUUCCUUUUGGCUUCCCUUUACGGCCCUAGUCUUCUAAGUUCCUUUGACUAUUAUAUACAUAUUUCCAAUUUCCAUUCCUGGUUUCCUUUGUCGCCCACAUAUUUUGGUCCUUCUCGGUUUGAAUUCAGCACCAGUUUCCUCAUUUAUCAAAUUUAUUAUUUUUCACAAAAUUAUGAUCACAAGAUCGAAGGCGGCGAUGAGGGAAACCCAGGCCGAAGGUCAACAGUUUCAUCUAGGUAGUGUUAUAAAUAGUGAAAAUGUUCGGUCACGACAUUCCGCGGAGUCGGUGCGGGAAGCGCUAUCAGUUCCGUUACCGCCCGAUCCAGAUUUUGACCCGUCGGAAUCGUUCUAUCAUCAGCAAGAGGUUGGCUCAUUGAAUAAUGCAGCGCUUGUAUCGCCGUCGAGGGGUAGGCUGUCAGGAGCACAGCAGUUACCUGGCUAGGAGUGCGGUCAAGGAUGCUUUUCGAGGAGUCCGGUUAGUGAGCAUCGUAACGACGAUACGCGUCACGUAUUUCCACCGGGACCAACUGUGCAGGAGGCCAACAAACAAGCACGUUUUGGGCUGCCAUAUGAGGCGGUGUAUGUCCCAUCUCAUACAGAGAGGACGAGGGCAGCGGCCACGUCUGCGGCGCCGCGCACCGAUUGUACGCAGGCUGCAUAUCGCUUCGCGCCUUCAAGACAUACAGUGCAUACUGCCAAUGCAUCUGUGCCACUUCAAAUAAAAUCGCCUAUAUCCUGUGCAUUUUGUUCUGGUCCACAUAGUAUAAAGACCUGUUUCAAAUUCUUAGCUCUUGCAGUUGACGAACGUCUCACUUGGGUGAAACAAGAGAAACUUUGUCCGAGGUGUUUAAAGAGAGGUAAGCAUAGUUGGAGAUUUUGUAAAGCUCGACAAUGUGAUAUUUGUAAACAAAAUCAUCACAAAUUUUUACAUUCGGAAAAU